CUUUGGUCCUUAUCACUGUUGCUGUUUGUGGGACCUCGCUGUGCCUUGGACUGACUGCUUUACAACUGUGCCUCCACUUUCAGGGUGUUCCGUUGGCCAUGUUGCAUUUGACGGGGGUCGAGAUGGUGAAAGGCGCUAUGCAAAUGCAAGUUCUUCCUUCACCGCGUCAAUCAAACAAAACCGAUGAGUAGGAGCAGCUGGGUGGGCAUGGAGUCCAUGCAACGAUGUGCCUGCACAUACAUUCACAGCCAAACACAUAGACAGAGUCACAAAUGGAUAGAGAGCAGGAGCGGAAGAUGGAUGGGCACAAAUAUUGGACUAAAUAGCCAUCACGUGAAAACUCACGUUCAAUGAUUUCCUGGGGAAGUCACCCGCAUUCUGCGCGUUGGGAACAGGAGCAUUAGUCCCAGGGUGAGAGUAGUCCCAUGCUGCUUCAUAAAGCCGGCGAUCAGCUUUGCUCAAUAGGACAGGGUAUGAGAGAGUGCCGGAGAUAGAUAGCGCAUGUCUCAUCUCCCGCUACCAGCCACUAGACGUUCCCAACACCACCAUCUUGCAUGUGCUCCGAUCCGAGCGCCACAACAUUCAGCUGGACACAUUCGCUCUGACUGUGUGUGUGUGGAGACUGCGGAAAAAAAAAUGCCCAGGCUGGACUGUUAGGAGGAGACCGCGCUGUGUGUAACCAUCCUCGAUGCCUUUCAAUUACAUCUAACAGGAAAAGAUGAAGGGGAUCGGCAGGCAAAUUGUCUUGCUUUGCUCUGGCUUUUUGGGGCUUGCUUUAGGAGCUUUUCCCACCAGUGUACAAAUAGGAGGGCUGUUCAUGAGAUAUUCUGAUCAGGAAUACAGUGCAUUCCGUUUUGCGAUUUAUCUUCACAAUACUAAUCCCAACACGACUGAAGCACCUUUCAAUUUGGUUCCUCAUGUAGACAACAUUGAAACAGCCAACAGUUUUGCUGUGACAAAUGCCUUCUGUUCUCAGUACUCCAGGGGAGUAUUUGCCAUCUUUGGGAUGUAUGACAAGAGGUCUGUGCAUACACUGACAUCGUUCUGUGGAGCGCUGCACAUAUCUUUGAUCACACCAAGCUUCCCAACAGAGGGCGAGAGUCAAUUUGUGCUCCAACUGCGGCCAUCUUUGAGAGGGGCACUGCUGAGCCUGCUUGAUCACUAUGAGUGGACUAAAUUUGUCUUCCUUUAUGAUACUGACAGAGGUUAUUCCAUACUGCAGUCAAUUAUGGAAAAAGCAGGCCAGAAUGGCUGGCAAGUCAGUGCUAUCUGCAUAGAGAAUUUUGAUGAUGCUAGCUACCGACGUUUACUCGAAGACCUGGAACGAAAACAAGAAAAGAGGUUUGUUGUGGACUGUGAAGUAGAGAGACUACAUAACAUUAUGGAGCAGAUUGUAAGUGUUGGGAAGCACGUCAGAGGGUACCAUUAUGUACUAGCCAACUUGGGAUUCAAGGAUAUAUCACUGGAUAGAUUUAUGCAUGGAGGAGCAAAUGUAACAGGAUUCCAAAUUGUGGAUUACAACAGACCCGUUGUUACUAAAUUCAUGCAACGCUGGAAGAAGUUGGACCAGAGGGAGUUUCCUGGAACAGACAAUGCUCAGUUGAAGUACACAUCAGCACUAACAUACGAUGGGAUACUUGUUAUGGCUGAAGCCUUCCGUUACCUCCGAAGGCAACGGAUUGGGAUUUCAAGAAAAGGAAAUGCUGGAGAUUGCCUUGCUAAUCCUGCUGCUCCUUGGGUUCAAGGUAUUGACACAGAAAGAGCAUUGAAGCAGGUACGGAUCCAGGGCUUAACAGGAAAUGUUCAGUUUGAUAACUACGGUCGACGGACAAACUUCACAAUUGACGUAUUUGAGCUGAAAAGUACAGGCUACAGAAAGAUUGGCUACUGGAGUGAUGCAGACAAGCUAGUUCUGAUUCAGAAUGAGAUGAUGUUUCCAAAUGAUUCUUCUGCCAUGGAAAACAGGACUGUUUAUGUCACUACAAUAUUGGAAGGUCCAUAUGUUAUGCUGAAGAAAAAUCAUGACACUUUGGAAGGAAAUGACAAGUACGAGGGUUACUGUGUGGAUUUAGCUUCAGAAAUUGCAAAGCACAUCGGGAUCAAAUAUGAACUUAAAAUCGUUCCUGAUGGAAAAUAUGGAGCAAGAGAUCCAGACACUAAAAUCUGGAAUGGAAUGGUGGGCGAACUUGUUUAUGGGAGAGCACAGAUUGGUGUGGCGCCACUGACCAUUACUUUGGUAAGAGAAGAGGUCAUUGACUUUUCCAAGCCCUUCAUGAGCCUGGGAAUUUCCAUCAUGAUCAAGAAACCGCAGAAGUCCAAGCCUGGCGUCUUCUCCUUUCUUGACCCUUUGGCAUAUGAAAUUUGGAUGUGUAUCGUCUUUGCCUACAUUGGAGUCAGUGUGGUACUCUUCCUGGUGAGCAGGUUUAGCCCAUAUGAAUGGCACACUGAAGAACCAGAAGAUGGACAAGAUGCAUCGCCAAAUGAUCAACCGCCCAAUGAGUUUGGCAUCUUUAACAGUCUUUGGUUUUCUCUGGGUGCCUUUAUGCAGCAAGGAUGCGAUAUUUCACCAAGAUCACUAUCUGGACGCAUUGUCGGAGGAGUGUGGUGGUUCUUCACUCUGAUUAUAAUUUCUUCCUACACGGCAAAUCUUGCAGCCUUCCUGACUGUAGAGAGAAUGGUGUCACCUAUAGAAAGUGCUGAAGAUCUUUCAAAGCAAACUGAAAUUGCUUACGGAACACUGGACUCAGGUUCUACAAAAGAAUUUUUCAGAAGAUCAAAAAUAGCAAUAUAUGAAAAAAUGUGGGCCUACAUGAAAUCUGCGGAACCUUCUGUUUUCACCAAGACCACAGCUGAGGGUGUGGCACGUGUUCGCAAGUCCAAGGGCAAGUUCGCUUUCCUUCUGGAGUCCACAAUGAACGAAUAUAUUGAGCAAAGAAAACCAUGCGAUACCAUGAAAGUAGGAGGCAACCUGGAUUCCAAAGGAUAUGGAGUGGCAACGCCUAAGAACUCCCCAUUAAGAAAUGCUGUUAACCUCGCAGUUUUAAAACUGAAUGAACAAGGACUCUUGGACAAAUUGAAAAACAAAUGGUGGUACGACAAAGGAGAGUGUGGCAGCGGGGGAGGUGACUCCAAGGACAAGACGAGCGCUUUGAGCCUUAGCAACGUAGCUGGAGUCUUCUAUAUUCUAGUUGGAGGCCUUGGUUUGGCAAUGCUGGUGGCUUUGGUAGAAUUCUGUUACAAGUCCAGGGCAGAGGCGAAGAGAAUGAAGGUGGCAAAGAGUACACAGAAUUUUAAUCCAACUUCUUCGCAGAAUACCCAGAAUUUAGCAACAUAUAGAGAAGGUUACAACUUGACCUUUUCGGAAGCUGUGAGAAACAAAGCCAGAUUGUCCAUAACUGGAAGUGUUGGAGAAAAUGGCCGUGUAUUGACUCCAGACUGCUCAAAGGCCGUGCACACUGUUCCUACCAUUAGACAGAAUCCAGGAUUGGCUAUAGUAGCAUCAGAUCUACCAUAAAAACCAAAUACUAUUUGAGUGCCUUAUAAAACAAAACACAACAGUUUUGGUGACUAGUAAUGCACCACAGACUGUGAAAACAUUACAAGAAUCCUCAAUAAAUGUGAAGACAAAGAGCAGGGUUGGGGAGAAUUUGCUUGAAACAGAUCACCAUCAGGAAAAAGUGUGCAUGAGCUCUGUUUAAAACAGCCCAGUCUGAUUUGAUAUCAGAUAAGUUCUGUCAAGAUUGCAGAACAAAGCAACUAAGAACUUCUGAAGAAAUACAUGCCAAUAAGGAAUUGAAAUCAUUACUAGUAGAAAUUCAGAUGUGAAGAACCCAUUGCUAGAAAAGAAAAAUCACACUUGGCUUUUGCCCUAAGACACAUUAUGAAAAUAGCAGUCAAUGAACAUAUUAGCCUGAGUCUAAAUUUCAGAAUAUUCAUACAGUAAAUGGGCGUGAACCACUUAUACUGGAAAACAAAACUACUGAACCACGGAUGGAAAUAAUAAGUAAAAUUUGUGAAUUUUACUGCACAUGUUAUCUUUUCUUUAAAAAAGGAAGAUUUUUUUUCUUUGAAAAGGAACAAAGUAAAAUGCUUGCUUUUUAAUGAAAGUAUGUUAAUAAGAAAAAAAUCAGUAGUGGAAAAUAGUUUUUUUUAACCAUUUAGGGACGUUUCAUUGCAAUAUAGAAAAAUUAAUGCCUCAUCUUAUUAACGUAUAAAAUACUUUUGUAAUGAAGAAAAUGAAUUGUCUUCUUGUUUGCUGUUUCCAUUUCAUUCACUACAAUUAUUAUGUCAUUCAAACUACCACAGUCUGCAUCUGUCUAACUUGAAGAAGAAUGAUAGUUUACACCUCAGUCUACAAUGUAUAGUCAAAACAAAAUAUUGUACUGUGUAAUAAAUUGUGUUUUUUUGUACCCACUAAAAUGAA